AUGAGCCAGACCUCACACGGGAGCGACAGUUCCAGCAGGAUUGUUCAGAAUGAUCAUGUCGAGUCUUCAUCAGUUGAUGAAGAAAGCUCUGAAGUGCCUGCUUCGGGAACACGGCCAAUGAAGAAGGGCCCCUGGACGGCUGCAGAGGAUGCAGUUCUGAAAGACUACGUCAAGAAGCAUGGGAGAGGAAACUGGAAUGCUGUUCAAAAGAAAACGAGACUAGCAAGGUGCGGCAAAAGCUGCCGGCUGAGAUGGUCCAAUCAUCUGAGGGCCAAUCUGAAGAAAGGUGCGUUUACCCCAGAAGAAGAGCGGACGAUCAUCAGGCUCCAAUCUAAAUUGGGCAACAAAUGGGCCAAGAUUUCUGAACAUGUAUGUGCCUUCUCCUCUUUGCAUCUUUCAUGCUAAUUUCUUAUCUUUGAAGCAUAAUAUUUCUUUGAAAAAAAAAUUAAAAUUGAUAAUCCCGCUGCCUGUGAAAUCUACUAAUAGCGCAUUUCUUAAUUGCCUUGUGAGUUCAAUGUUUGCUUCUGUUUUCUUCACCAUCUGCAAUGUACAAUCCGAGCAUCAACAGUGUUUUAUGCAAUCUUUUUCAUUGUGACAACAGUGGUUCUUAUCAUCCAUCUCAGAUCAGAGGUACAUCGAUGAAUCUAGAGGACAUCCGUCAUGAAUAUCACUCAUUCACCAAUAAUCUUUCUUUUUUUUAAUUCCCGUUCAUUUUUACGAUAUCAUAAAGAAUGAUUUGAACAAAAGCUCUCUGCUCUAGUAUAACAUUUUUUAUCUGAAAAUUUCGACUUUAUCUAUUUUUCUUUCUAAUUAUUGCAUGUAUGGUGAUCAUGAUCUCAACGUUGAUAUCUGGCUAGUUGACCUUUGUAGAUCAUAUCACCUGUCGGAUGCAUAUUCAUAGGGUCCAAAAAAUUCCCUUCUCCCUGGAAUGAAGAACGGGUCAAUGAUGAUAGAUAAUAUCGGUGUUCAAUCGACUUUCUUGAUGAUACUAGAUAUCAUUUUCUUUUGCGAGAUAUAAUCUCACAUUAUUCCGACAGACCAUGGAAAAGGAAGUUCAUGUGCAUGAUCAAAGGUUCCCUAUAAAGAAACCGAUCUGGGUUGAUGUUUGCAGCAGAGAUUUAGAUGAACUCCCGUCUGUUAGUGAAAUUGUCUGUCAUCUCGCACACAACAGCCUUUUCACGCCCUGGCUUCUUCUCCAGCUAGAAGGGCGGACUGAUAAUGAGAUCAAGAACUACUGGAACACGCGGAUAAAGAGGUGCCAUCGGACCGGUGCACCCCUCUACCCUCCAGAUGUUGUUCCCCAGGGCACCGCUGACAACCCGAAUGGCGGGAAAGACGACCGAGCCCAACCUGUCAGGAGGCAGAGCAACGAGGACGUGGAGUCAACGGGGUCGGAUAUUCCUCCCGUGUUUUUCGAAAACUUAAGACGCCGUUCUCAUCCCUUCCACUUUCAGUCCCUCUUCAGCAUCCCUUUAGCCGACCUGCUGGGUAAAAGCCCGGGCUCAUAUGGCUUCAACAUCCCUCGGCCGCCAUCGGACUGCCCCAGGCCGUUUCCAGCGCCGGAGACCACCAGCACUGGAAUGCCCAGCUGCAGCCAGCUCUUGCCUUCGCCGAGGAUUGACUUGCCUAUGGGCGUUAACAUUCCAUACGAUCCUGAACCUCCAGACGGCUACUUCCCUGCCUCUCAAGCUCCUCCGGAGGCUAUGAAGCCGGAGCUCCCUUCACUCCAAUAUUCCGUCCUUGAUCUGGGCGACUCCCUCGACUGCUCUCCUCCGCCGCCUACCCAUGUGGCAACGAACACGUGCUUUGAAUCUCCUCUGGAAGCCCGGGAUCAGAUCAUACCGGACCAUUAUUUUCCUCCCCGGAACGAUGGCCUACUGGAAUCAGUGGUCUAUGAGGCUCGCGCGUUGGCCACGGCGCGGUACAGGUCAACGGAGUUGAUCUCAGAGACUCCGGCGGCGGCCACUACAGAUGCUCCAAUUCAGCAUACAGCUUGCCCCAACUUGGGCGCCCCCUAUUCCGUUCUGGGUCAUUCCGCUCCUCCGGCGCCUGAUCUUCACAAGACUCCGGCGGCGGCCACUACAGAUGCUCCAAUUCAACAUACAGCUUGCCCCAACUUGGGCGCCCCCUAUUCCGUGCUGGGUCAUUCCGCUCCUCCUGCGCCUGAUCGCCACAAGACUCCGGCGGCGGCCACUACAGAUGCUCCAAUUCAACAUACAGCUUGCUCUAACUUGGGCGCCCCCUAUUCCUUGCUGGGUCAUUCCGCUCCUCCGGCGAUGGCAUCGACCGGUGAGUUGACUUCUGCACUUCAUUCAUGCCGAGGAUUUUGA